AUGGUGCCGGUUCGCUGGCUGGCUUUUGCGCUUGCGCGCAACUGGCCUGGGCAGAAUAUGAUGAAGACCUGGGGCCGUCCUGACCCAAAGCAGCUCCCUUUUCCCUCCAGCGCCUACAAACCCAGCGGAGCCAUCAAGCCCCCUCCAGUCAUUAUGCCCUUCGGAGUGUUGCGGGUACUGAGUGUUAUGAUUACCUUUUUCUGUUUUGGGACGUACAUAAGCAAGACUUUCGUCAGCUUCCUCGAGGAGAAGUCUUUCUUUUCCCUAGAUUUUGAUGAUGAUGAUGAUGAUUUUUAG